AUGGAAGAGCAUCAGCAACGUAUCAAAGCCUAUCGAUUUGUUGCGUAUUCCGCAAUCACUUUUUCAUUGGUCGCAGUUCUUUCAGUUUGUGUAACUCUUCCACUUGUUUAUAAUUAUGUGCAUCAUGUGAGAAAAGUAAUGAAUCAAGAGAUUGAAUUCUGUCAAGGAAGUGCAAAGGAUAUUUGGGAAGAAGUUCGAGCUAUGAAACCAUCUGCUAAUCGAACCAAAAGACAAACAUAUACAGAAGGUGUUCAUGGUGGAGGUGCACAAUUAGAAAGUGGUGGUUGUGAUGCUUGUUGUGUUCCGGGAGCUGCUGGACCUGCUGGUCAACCUGGUAAACCUGGUCGACCUGGAAAUCCUGGAGCACCUGGAGCUCCUGGUAACCCUGGACACGCUGUUAUCCAACCUUGCGAUGUUGCCACCCCUCCACCUUGCAGACCAUGUCCAACAGGACCUCCAGGACCUAGCGGACCGCCAGGACCUGCAGGAGAUGCUGGAAGACCAGGAGGUCCAGGAGGACCAGGAAACGAUGGAGGACCAGGGAACCCAGGACCAAAAGGACCACCUGGGCCACCAGGGCAACCUGGAAAUCCAGGAUCGCCAGGAAAUCCUGGACAAGAUGCUCAAUCAACUCCAGCUUCUCCUGGAUCACCAGGACCUUCUGGACAACCAGGGCCAAAAGGACCACCAGGACAACCAGGAGAUCGUGGAAGAGAUGGAACACCAGGAACACCUGGACCUAAAGGGCCAAAUGGACAACCUGGACAACCAGGACAAAAUGGAAAUGAUGGUCGACCUGGACAACCAGGAAAUAGCGGAAAACAAGGAGAACGCGGUAUUUGUCCAAAGUGAGUUAUUCAAAACUGUCUAAAUCGCAAAAAUGUCAUUCUUUUUCCAGAUAUUGCGCCAUCGACGGAGGAGUUUUCUUCGAAGACGGAUCUCGCCGCUAA